CGUGGAGUACAUAGACGCCAUCUGUAAUCGUUUCGUACGUGGGUCACACUACGUUAAAGCAAUAAUAAAUGAAUUUAGUGAAAAUGUAAAAACGCGUUGAAGGUAUCUCGCAUAAGUAGUAUAAAUGUGGACCCCCGCAUGCCGGACUGAUUCAUCACAGUGUCGUAUUUUAAGUGUUCUGGCGGCACCACGAGCUUCCGCAUGUGCCAGAACAAGUUAACCUGAAUGAAAAUAUGUUCUCGCCCAGAGACUCGAGUAAAUCGGAUUACAUUAGUUUAAAUAUUCACGACAACGCGUCGUUCGCACGAGGCACCUCGCGCAGUUUAUGGAGACAAUGGAACCAACUGUCCAGGUUUCAGCGGAACAUCCUAUACUUCGCGAUUUUAUCAGUUCUACUUUUAAUAUUUUAUCUUUUGCCUAACGAAACCAAAGGUGGUACUUCUGACAAUGAAGUAGACUAUAGUAAUGUAGAAAUUAUACAAGAAACUGCCAAGUACGAGAAGGCAGUCGAAGAAGUUGUUGUAGAUAAUGAGGAACAAGGUGCUGGGCCUGGUGAGGUAAUUGAGGAACCCGAGUUUCAGCCGGAGAUCAAUCAGGUGGACGAUGAUCAAAUCGGUGAACCACCGCAGCCAAAGCCAAACAUUCUCAAAUUUAAUGGUCCGCAAAAUAGUAGACAGCAAGCUGUUGUGGCAGCAUUUAAACACUCAUGGGACGGAUAUAAAAAGUAUGCCUGGGGUCAUGAUAAUGUAAAACCAAUGUCGAAGAGGUAUCAUGAGUGGUUUGGCUUAGGUCUUACAAUAGUUGAUUCGUUGGAUACUAUGUAUAUAAUGGGGCUAAAUGAUGAAUUUACGAGAGCGAGAAAAUGGGUGGAGGAUAGUUUAGUGUUUACAAUGAAUAGAGAUGUUAAUUUAUUUGAAGUUACAAUUAGAGUGCUAGGCGGCUUACUGGCGGCGUACCAUCUCUCCGGUGAUAUACUGUUUCUAAAUAAAGCUAUGGACUUGGGCGAUCGCAUGAUGCCAGCCUUUUCCACCAGGUCUGGUGUUCCGUAUUCCGACGUGAAUCUCGGUACCAGAAGCGCGCACAGCCCCAAAUGGGGCCCCGACAGUAGCACGAGUGAAGUUACUUCGAUUCAGUUAGAAUUUCGCGAUCUCAGUCGUAGCACGGGGCAACCGAAAUUUGAGGCUGCAGCCGCGAAAGUUUCCGAACAUGUACAUAAACUAGAAAAAUACGAUGGCUUGGUUCCGAUUUUCAUUAACGCUAACACCGGGCUGUUUCGGGAAUACGCGACGAUCACGUUGGGUGCUCGCGGCGACAGCUAUUACGAAUACUUAUUAAAACAAUGGUUGCAAACUGGGAAAACCGUAGACUACCUGCGGAACGAUUAUUUGUACGGUAUCACCGGGACGCAGAAGCAUCUCGUUAAGUAUACCGCAGUGAACAAGUAUUUGUUUAUCGCCGAACUGGUCGGCGCUAAUAAAGAGAUUAGGCCGAAAAUGGACCAUCUCACGUGCUACUUAGGAGGUACUUUAGCAUUAGGCGCACAUCACGGACUGCCAACGGAGCAUAACACUCUCGCGGAAGAGAUAGUUAAGACUUGUUAUCAAACAUACGCGACUCAGCCGACGUUUCUCGCGCCCGAGAUCACUUAUUUUAAUAUACAAAAAGUGGAAGGUGAAAAUCAAAUGGACAUGUACGUGAAAACGAACGAUGCUCACAACCUACUGAGGCCCGAGUUCAUUGAGAGUCUAUUUUAUAUGUGGUACUUUACGGGGAAUAAGACGUAUCAGGACUGGGGUUGGCGAAUAUUUCAGGCUUUCGAAAAUUACACCAGAGUCGAGGACGGCUACACGAGUAUCGGUAAUGUGCGAAAUAUCCAUCACACUCGUCAACAGGACAUGACAGAGAGCUUUUGGUUCGCCGAAACCUUGAAAUAUUUAUACUUAUUAUUCGACGAUUCCAGAAAAUUAAUCGAUCUGGAUAGGUGGGUAUUCAAUUCGGAAGGUCAUCCAUUACCAAUAUACGAAUCGUAACGCAGUAGAAAGAAGCAAAGAACACGUGCACGUGAGUUUAUUAAAUUUAUUGCACUUAUUCUCCAUGAGAUCAUUUCUUAAAUGCCCGAUCAGUCGUGACGCUUCCACGGUGAAAGCCUGUUAAACCCGGGCAGCACAAACUGCUAAAAGGCAUCUGAAAGACGUCUGGCUCUUUUUAGACGUAUCUUGGACGUCCUUAAGACGUCUUUUAGAAAUUUAUGAUGUCUGAGAAACCUUUCGAGGUCUCACGACGUGUUUAUACUCUCGUUAUGGCAGAGCGAUUCCUCUUUUACAACAAUAAAUAAGUCAGCGUUGUGUGUCACAGCGGCGAUACAAAAAAUUGCGACGAUUUGACACACUGCGUGGCGAACUAUCUUCCUUGGAACAUUCUAUAGUUUUGAAAGCUCGGGAAAAACCGGGUUUUUUUUUCAAUUUUUCACGGAUUUUUCGCCUGGUCGGCUUCUUUCCGCGAAAAAAUUGAAAAGGACAGUUUUUUUUAAACUAUAGAAUAUUCCUCAAUGUUCAAUUUAUGCGAACACGAUGCAUCGCACUGCAAGGUUUUUUCAAAGAUUGUUAUUACGUAAUUAUCACGUCGAAAGAUAUUCCUCGUAAGUAUACUGUUCCCUUAGUUUAUCGCUAAAGACGAUCCAAGCGAACGCGUAACAUUAGCUGCGCCUACCAAAUUCCUAAACCUAAUAAAUUAAUGAUAGACGCAAAUAGCAUUCUAGAUACUAAAUUAUAACAUUCAAAGAUUUAUAUGGACACAAUACACCGUUGAUUUUUACUUAUCGAUGAGAACAUUAAUAUCGGAAUAUCUCAGCACAUAUUGUACUUACCGAUGUUUUACGGAAAUCUCUCUCUUUCUCUCGAGCUUUUGUUGCGCCCAACGUAAUUCUUAAAAGAUACGUAACUGCGAUAGAUUUUAAAACAACGGACACGAUUGUUUAGCGUCGACUUUCACACUAAAUCCGUAUGCCGUAUAUUACUACAAAAAUAAUCUAGUCUGCAUCUAUUAAUAAAUUACAACUGUGUACUUGCAAUCUUCGACUCUAUUACAAAUAUAAAUAUUUAUAUAAUAUUCCUGAAGAUAUCUAUAUAAAUAUUUAUAUAAAAUAUAUACGGGAAACGUCUGUGUGCGAUUCCCGUUUGCCAUCGGUAAGGCGCGGCGGUGAUUAAAUCGAUGGACGAACUCGCGAGUGCGUGGAACAAAGUAUCGUUCAGUGGUUGGGACUGAAUAGAUCACUUGAAUGGAAUGCAAGAAAUAUCAUGAGUAAAACAUCUCGGAGAGCAUGAAGAGAAACGUUCGAUUGAAUUAACGGACGAAAACGCGCUUUGGUUGGAGGGAACGGAAUAUCCAAUUUCUAAGAAUCGAAUUUAUAAUUUAUAAGAACUUGGGAAAUUUCCCGUUUCCUCCAGUCAAAACUUCUGGUUCGUGCGUUGUCACGUUAAUUCGAAAGGGAAAAGAAAAAAAGGGAAGAACUGUGAGACACAGAGCGCGCGCAUCAUCGAUCGUGGAAGCGAUCGAAUUGAAUGAACGUACACGGGCAUUACAAAAUAAGAUCCGAUUUAAUCAUCGGCUGCGCUGUUAUCAGAAUACGCUACUUCUCUAGUUGAUGACGCGUUAAAAUGAAGAUAUUGUUCUCGGGUUACUUCUUCGUUUGUAAUAAACGCAUCCUUAUACGAAUAACGAGAAA